AUGUCUGAAGCAAUUGUCAACAAGUAUGUCGCAACAACAGACAAGCUUGGUGACCUACGCACCAGACCAGUUAGCGAACGGGACAAACAAUUUGAAAACCAAUGUCUUCGGAAUCGGGAUCAGUUACUCUACAUAGAUCUCUGCCAGGCCAUGAAUGCUGGGGACAUUGGACGAGUCGAGGCAUCUUUCCUGCCGUGGAUCUAUAUAUUUUGUGCAACUGGCAAGCAUAAGUAUGCAGCGCAAAUCAACAAGUUUUCAAUGAACUUACGAAGUGUAUAUCCCCAAGACCUGUGGUGA